AUGGGAGAGAUAUCGGGCUUCCAGUUGGGCGUUCUGGGUGCAUUGUUUCUUUCCGUGGCGUCAUCAGUGUCCAUUGUCAUCUGCAACAAAGCCUUGAUGAGCAAUCUUGGUUUCCCAUUCGCUACAACACUGACUAGUUGGCAUCUGAUGGUAACGUAUUGCACACUUCAUGUGGCACAACGUCUAAACUUCUUUGAGAACAAACCAAUUGACAUGAAGACUGUGAUGCUCUUUGGCAUUCUAAAUGGUGUUUCCAUCGGAUUUCUCAACUUGAGCCUGGGAUUUAACUCCAUUGGCUUCUACCAGGUACAGUACUGGACUAACCUUGCUCUGAUGUGCUUUUGCUAG